AUGGUUGCUCCAGCGAUUCGGGUGGCCACUUCAGCCGCCAGUCGAGCCCGCAGUCUGCUUCGCACAGUGCAGUAUACCCACCCGCCGAACUGCCCCUGCCACUCCAAUCCCAACCACCACCAUCACCACAAGCCUUCGCUUAUGAGCCAUGUCCGUCGGCACCUCGCGACCCCCGUGGAUCCAGCACGCGAGAAAGAGUAUGCCUUUGAAAUGGCUGCGUCUAGUAUCCGCUUCGGACCCGGUGCGACGAAGGAGGUUGGAAUGGACUUUAAGAACAUGGGCGCGAAGCGUGUGUGCAUUGUUACCGAUUCCACGGUCCUCAAAUUGAAUGCGAUGAAACAGGCUGUUGAGGGAUUGACACGAGAGGGCAUUGAGUUUACCAUCUUUGAUAAAGUGCGGAUUGAGCCCAAGGAUAGCUCAGUCAAAGAGGCUAUCGCGUUCGCAAAACCAUACAACCCGGAUGCGUUCCUUGCUGUUGGUGGUGGAUCCGUCAUCGACACUGCCAAAUUAAUGAACCUGUACACUGUUUUCCCAGACGCCGACUUCCUCGAUUUUGUCAAUGCUCCUUUAGGCAAAGGUCUCCCCGUUGACAAGCCCCUACGGCCGCUAGUUGCCGUUCCGACUACAGCAGGCACAGGCUCUGAGACUACUGGAACCGCCAUUUUUGACCUAGUCUCUAAGAAGGCCAAGACUGGUAUCGCUCACCGCAACCUGAAACCUACCUUGGGCAUUUGCGACCCUCUUAAUACUCGUACCAUGCCCUCAGCUGUUCAUGCCUCCUCUGGUUUAGACGUUCUGUGCCACUCGCUCGAGUCUUGGACCGCGAUCCCAUAUAAUGAGCGCACACCCCGCCCAACUAACCCUAUCAACCGUCCUGCAUAUCAGGGUGCAAACCCUAUCUCCGACAUUUUCUCUCUUGAAGCCCUCCGUAGCACGGUAAAAUACCUUCCCCGUGCAGUGCGAGAUCCAGAUGACCACGAGGCGCAGUCAAACAUGCUCCUUGCCGCUACCCUAGCCGGCGUUGGCUUUGGAAAUGCUGGUGUCCACCUCUGCCACGGAAUGAGUUACCCGAUUUCUAGCCAGAACCCGGGAUAUAAGCAUGCUGGCUACCAGGUUGAUCACCCAAUCAUUCCCCACGGCGUGUCCGUGGCGGUUACUGCGCCAGCCGUUUUCCGCUUCACGGCAGCAUCGAACCCAGACCGCCAUUUGGCUGCCGCAGAGGCGUUCGGCGUUGAUAUCUCUAACGUCAAGCGUGAAAGCGCGGGAGAAGUGCUCGGCAAUGCUAUUGCGGAAUUUUUGCUUAAGUUGGGUGAUCAGCCCCGAGGAUUGAAAGAUUUGGGCUUCAAAGCGAGCGAUGUGGAGGGUUUGGUUGAAGGGACGAUCCCGCAGAAGCGGGUCCUUAUGCUUGCACCCAGCUUGAGCGACGAGUUGGAGGCGGAGAAGGGGGAAUUAAGGAAAUUACUUGAAGAAUCGUUGGAUUAUUAA